AUGGGUUCUCGCCGAGCGAAGCGUGCCCACGGCCGCGUCCAAGCCUUCGUGGGGAAGCGCGUCCACGGGCAGGCAGGCGGCGUGACGAAGACUGCCCGUCGUCUAAAUGCGCGCGCCCAACGCAAAGCGGCCAUAGCCGCGACCGCGCGUGGCAUUCGAGAAUCUGCCGCCUCGCACGCGCCGGUACUAGUGGGCUUGGUGGCCGUCUCGAACGCGACGGACGACGAGCUCGCCACCCUGUGCUCUGUCAUGCAAGCCACGGAGCGCGAUAAGCAUAGCCGAAAGUUUGAGACGCAGGUUGUGCGAAGGGAGGGCGCCACGGAUAGGGAAGUUCUCAUCUCGGCACUGGAUAUGGCGAAAGUGGCCGACAUCGUCCUGUUCGUGUUUUCGGGAGCGGAGGAUAGGCUCGACAACUUAGGCAUUGAUUUGGUGACUGCUUUGAGGGAGCAAGGGCUUCCCACGGUGUUUGCAGUGGCGAUUGGUAAAGGGGCGGAUGAUCCCACGUUGAGGAAGCAGCGAGGGAGAGAGCUGGCGGCGGAGAGUGUUGGACAAGAUCAUGCGCUUCGUCCAAUUUGUAUCGAGUGCGGAGAGGGUGAGGCGGCGGAAAAGGGAAAUAAGCUCGCGCUACGCAGGAUUUUCGCAAAGACACCUAGGAACGUCAACUGGCGCUCGAGAUAUGGGUACAUGCGUGUGGAAAGUGUUACGGCAGAACCAGGGGCUGAAGGUAACGAGGGGAUACUAGUAUUGUGCGGCUGGACGAGGGGACGCGGGUUUUCGGCGAACGAGCUAGUCCACAUUACAGGUUUUGGGUCGUUUGUGGCGUCGAAGAUAGUUGACGUCGCUUCGUCAAAGGAGCUGUCCGUACGGGUUGAGGGGGAGGCGGAACCCGUCGAGAGCGAAGCGGAGGUCAAUGAAAUGAUGGGUGAGCAAACAUGGCCGCCUGAGGUGGAAGAUGUCAAGGAGGAGGACCCUGUUGAUGAACUACUGGCCAAGUAUGAGGAAGGGAUCGAUGAUGACGAUGAUGCUGGUACGGCUGGUGCGGACGACAAUAUGUCUGGUGGUCAUGAUGCUGAGGACGAUGCCAUGGCAGAUGACGAUAUGGACAUUGACGAGGAGGAAGUCAAGAGGGUGAGAGAAGCAGCGAAAACCAACACUUUAUUUCCCGACGAAGUUGAUACGCCCAUCAAUCAAGCAGCUCGUAUCAGGUUUGCCCGAUACCGCGGACUCAAAUCCUUCCGCACGGGAGAGUGGGAUCCGAAGGAGCAGCUUCCUCCACAGUAUGCCUCCCUGUUCCAGUUUCGCAAUUUGGCCUCCACUCGAAAGAGCGUUCUCUCGAGAGCGAAGAAAGAUGCAGAGGACGCGGCCUGCAAUGAAGCCGUUAACAUGGCCGGACCUGGGCGGAAAGUGUAUAUAUAUGUGCAAAACGUACCCGCCGAAACUAUUCAUGUGCUUUCAUCCGUUCUACAAGGAGGGAAGCGAGCAAUUAUUGCAUCCGGCAUGCUGCGUCAUGAAAACAGGAAAAGUGUCGUACACUUUGGAGUACGACGUGUGGAUGUAGAGGAUGCCGGUGAUAUCAAGGCGAAGACACACCUAGAGAUGCACUGUGGUUUUGUCCGUUUUGAUGGUAGACCGAUGUUUUCAGAACACAAUGCCAACUCAGACAAGCACAAGAUGGAAAGGUACUUGAAACACGGGCGACACACAGUCGUGACAUUUUACGGACCAGCGACAUAUGCUCCGGCACCUGGGUUGCUUUUCCAUCCUGGUGGGUCUCUCAUCGCUACGGGGACUGCACUUGGGGCGGAUCCAGAUAGAAUCAUACUGAAGCGGAUCAUUUUGACAGGGUAUCCAUUUAAGACACAAAAGCGACGGACAGUGGCGAAAUUCAUGUUCUUCAACCCCGAGGACGUGCGGUGGUUCAAACCUGUAGAGCUGUGGACCAAAAUGGGACGGACGGGACACAUUCUCGAGCCGCUAGGUACGCAUGGGCACAUGAAAUGCAUUUUUGACAAUGUCAUUCUCCAUCACGACACGGUUUGUAUGACUUUAUACAAGCGAGUGUAUCCGAAAGUUGUGCCUGCAGAGCAAAAAUGCAAGUACAUUUUGUAG